CUCAACAUCUGCUGUAAACCCCAAAGAAAAUCAAUCAUCGCUUCUAUCGUCUCUACGUACAUCCGUUCAAUCCGCAUCGGAGCUGUCUUUGCCUGCAUCGUUGGUCUUUUUUUUUUCUCCUUUUAUCUCUCAAAUUUGCCCAGGGGCGAGUGUCAGUCACCAGUUGAAAUACGACCAACGGACGAAUACCAAUUCCCCCGAUAACUUUUCAGAUAAGGAAAAGACUACAGACGAUAAAAAAAAAUGUCGGCAGCAGCAGCAACCUUUGUGCGCUCGACGGCUCGCCCCGUCUUCCGAUCCGGCCAGAUCGCCGCCCAGGCUCGCGCCGCCUUCCGUCAGCAGCAGUGGAAGCAGCAUGCCGGCAGGAGGUGGCAGAGCAGCGCCGCUCCGGAGGCUGAGGCCAACCCGAGCUUCUUCAAGCGCCUGUGGGACAGCCCCAUCGGUAUCAAGACGGUGCAUUUCUGGGCUCCCGUCAUGAAGUGGGCCGUCGUCCUUGCCGGUGUAUCCGACUUCUUCCGACCAGCAGAGAAGCUGUCUCUGACCCAGAACGCCGCCCUGACGGCAACGGGCUUCAUCUGGACCCGCUGGUGCUUGAUCAUCACGCCCAAGAACUACCUUCUGGCUGCCGUAAACUUCUUCCUCGGCAUUGUCGGCACCAUCCAGGUCUCCCGAAUUCUCAUGUACCAGGCUUCUCAGAAGGACGCCGUCCUGCCUGCCAUUGAGGAGAAGGUUGAGGAGGUCAAGGAUGCUGUCAAGUCUUCGUAAAGAAGAGAGAGAGAGAAAAAAAGAACAUAAUUCACUGUUUAUAAUCUUUUUUUUCACUUUUCAGAGAGACCAAUUGAUGCAGACGAAAAAGACACCCGCAAUGCGCUCAUACAGAUGACUGGAAUACGAUUAUUUUAGUCGCGACCAUACAAACUAGCUAACUAGCCAUGUGGGUUUUGUCUUGGGUGAAAGCAAGCUACAGCAAAGCGCCUAGGGCCACAGCGUAUCUCUCCUAAUGCGGGGGAUUUUGGGGUUAGAAAAAACCGACGAAUCCCCGGGUCUAAGGGGGGCUAGGAGAAUGCAGGCUGCAUUGGCAACGGCCAGGAAGGUGGUGUCGAAAUGCCGUGAUAUAUCCGAGACUUGACGGACCGGGCUCACUCGGGGUUUUGGCAUGCACUUGUCUGCCAAUGUCUUUUUUGUAUGCUUUGCCUUUCUUUGCCUGGACGUGAGGUCAGACACGAGGCUCGAGGGGUUAACCACCUUUGGUGGCGGCGAGGCUGCACCGGAAUUGCCGGGAUGGGGAUAUGCAUGGCAUUGUACACAUCUGCCUAUAGGCACUUGCAUAGUGGGUUCAAUUAAGUUUCUCUUGCUGCUCAUAACA